CCCUCCACAUUAUCCAAAUCGAUUUGAUCAUGGGCCGUCAAAAGUGUCUAGAAAGAUCCGCCCAAUCCAAAAGUCACACCCCAGCUCAAGUUUGAAGGCUCUUUCUUGCUUCCGGGUUCUCUUGUCAAAUACCAGUACUAUAAUUCUUAAGGAGCGCUGCCUUCGAUGGCUUUCGUCAAAUGGUAAUUCCGAGUGUGAGUGUGUGGGGGUUUGUAUAGUGUAUACUGACGAAGGUUUGUUUUCGGGGAGCGAGCGACCUGCUGAGUGAUCGGGUUUAGGUAGUAGAGUAUUCAAAUAAAGCCAAGAUGGCGCUGUGGAUGGAGGCGGGCUCUGAACCCAAAACAGAGAGCGAGGUUGUAGACCUUGAAGCCAUCUCUGCCCUCAAACAAUCUACUGCUAUCGAACUCAAGGAAAAUGGAAAUGAAUAUGUGAAGAAGGGGAAGAAGCACUAUUCAGAUGCCAUUGACUGUUACACCAGGGCUAUUAGUCAGAAGGCUUUAAGUGAUGCAGAGCAGUCAAUCCUCUAUUGCAAUAGAGCCCAUGUCAAUUUGCUCUUGGGAAAUUAUAGACGUGCUCUCCAGGAUGCUGAGGAAGCUAUCAAACUUUCCCCAACAAAUGUUAAGGCAUUUUACAGAGCAGUCAAAGCUUCGAUGUCCUUGAGUCUGUUGGCUGAAGCAAAAUCAUAUUGUGAAAAAGGGCUGGAGCUAUCACCAGAAAAUGAAGAACUAAACAAGCUAGCUGGUCAAAUUGAUCUACUGAAGUCCGAGCAGGAUCGCCGUAAGGCUGAAGUUUCCAAGUCUGUUACAGCUGUUAAGGAUAUGAUCUCUGCCUUUGAAGAAAGAAAAAUAAAAAUUGGGAAGGCUUUGUAUCAAGAACUCACUGGUGUGAAAAAGCCAACUUUGGACAAGAAUAAUAUCCUGCAUUGGCCUGUUCUUCUCCUGUAUGCAGAGGUUAUGUCCAGUGACUUUAUUGAGGACAUUUGUGAGACUGACAUGUUUUCAACUCACUUGGACGAAAUGUUUUCAGAAAGUUCUCCUCCUUUGCCAUGGGAUAAUGAGCAUGCUUAUACACGUGAUGCUCUUGAGUUGUACUAUGAGGCUGACUCUGGAGUUCGUUUAUCCAAGAGAGAAAUCUUUCAUUGUCUCGCAGAUGGGACAGCUGCUGCUAAUUUGGAAAAGUUUGAUAUCGAGGAAAAUGAUGCUGCUGAGGAAUCAAGUAGUACUACUGUUCUAGGAGGUGGUGGUAUGAGAUGGAUCAAGGUAAAUGAAAGGAGGCGACUUUAUGAUGUCCUAAAAGAACCAAAUCUUGUUGUCCCCGGCAUACCUGUAUUCUACGUUGUUUCAAAGAAGUCCAGUUUCUAUAAAGAGUUCAAAUCUGGUAAUUGGGCUCCUCCACCAAGCUCAUUUUGGUAAAUAAUACACUUCCAGCGGGGGGUUGAUGCGUUUUCCGGGUUUUUUUUUUUU